AUGCUGCCAAGUGACGUGGCAUUUUACACGCAGAUAAUCCAGUUCCUGGACUGCAUCAAGCUGGGAGAGAAAUUUACGGGACAGGCACCAAAUGGAUACCACAUCAUCACGCACGGAAAGAAUGGAUUUGGCGAUGACGUCCAAUUUGUGUACGAUUCGUUUACGAAGAAGAUCAGGUAGGGUGAUAGGGUUUGACCAUUUUUUGGGAUUGGAAAACUUUUAAUUUAAAAAACUCCUUUUAGUGAGAACGAACUGGAUUUGUAUGACACGCAGACUGGCUUGACCGACUACCGCGUGCUAAUGGGAGUGGCGGAUGAGGAAAUUGUCAGCGUGGCGACUGGAGAUCAAGGAGAAACAAUGCAAGAAACAUUUUGA